UCAGUUGCGUUCCUACGUUGCGAUCGAGCGGUUCGCGAGCGGUACGGGUGUGCGGAUCGAGAUUCCUUAUAUGAAAUAUAUCUACUGGCGGCAGGGAGCUGCAGCAAAGCAAAGGAAAGUCAAGCCAAGUCAAGCCGGGCGGCGUCUCUCAAUUGAAGCCACUUAAGUACGCCGACUGGGAUCUGUGAAGGAAAUCUCUCACUUGUGAUGAAUCAACCGUUGAGUUCAUGCCGCGGAAGUGUUAAUUUAGCAUCCAAAUACGACUUGUAGCGCUCUGCUCCGUACAAGUGGCAUUCGAAUGUGCUCUUUGUGUGCCGCAUAAAUCGUGCCCGAAUAAUCAUAGAAAAUAUGCAAAUGAAAUUAUGUGUGCGCUACCCUACAAGAUAGACACAUAAAUCGGUAAUUAAGUGAUAAUUGUUUAUGGUGUGAAUUCGGCCGGACAUUGGCAAAUCUCUUUAUUUUUUGGGCGCUGUAAAUCGCUUGAAUCGCCGGAAUCGCCGGAGGGAACCACUUCACUCAGUUCCCAAGGAAAAAUAGGCCAUUGCCCAUCCUCCGUCCGCAAAAUGGCAUUCCCGUAUAUCCUGGCACUGCUGCCCCUCAUUUGCUCCGCCUCAGGGCUCAGUCUUCCGAACAUGACCUCAACGGAUGCAGUGGUUGCCGGUGGAGGCAUUUUGCCAAUCCUCAUUGCAGGAAAUCCCGGCAAUCUGGGGAGCAGCAACAUGAGCCUGGGCGGCGGCACAGGAUUGGCCGGCAGCAGUCCCGGCGGACAAUCGGUACCGGAUUCCGGAGGAGGCAACUCUGCGGGCGGCUCGCCGGCGGGUGGCAGCAGCGGCACCGGCGGCGGUGGCAGCAACAGCGGCAUCAGUGGCAACAACUCGGCCAUGGUCCAAGGGCAAAAGAGCAGCCAGUACGAGAAGUGUGCGGGUCCUGGAGAUCCGGGUCCCUGCAAGCAGUACAUUUACAAGUGGCGCUACGAGCCAACCACCAACGAGUGCACCAACUUCAUUUGGGGCGGUUGUGAAGGAAAUCCGCAGAACCGCUUUGGCACCGAGGCGGAGUGCCUGUUCCACUGCAUCGGCGGACCACACACUCUGCCACCGUUCCUGCAAUCCACCACCCGUGAGCCGAGCACCACGGAAAGUUCCAUGCUCCUCGGCCUGCCGUACACCCAGAGUCCGGUCCAGUCGCCGGACGGAAUGGGCGGGGCAGAGGGCGGGGAUGGGACCACGCCCGUGCCCAUCGAACAGCGCGGCCCCGAGCUGACUUUCGCGGAGACGGGCCAAGGCAAAACUUUCAUUUUCGCCAAGAACAACACGUUCAUCCAAAUGGACGGCGACAUCAUACAGACAUUUCAAUUAAGACUUUGCCGUGAGAUUUCAUUUCAAUUCCGCACCAGACUGCCGCACGGCCUGCUCGUCUAUCACAACGUUAAGAAUCCGGAUCGCAUUAUUUUGGACCCCUAUGCACUCUACGUGAUUGUGGAGAAGGGCCAGCUGAAGGUGGUCCAUGUCUUUGGCAAGCAUUCAACGAGUGUCACUGUGGGCGAGAGUCUAAAUCGAGAUGAAUGGCACAGUGUGAUGGUGCGCAUCGAUGUCCAUGGCGCAAGAUUAAUUGCACGCGUCGACAAUAGUCAGGAGGAGGUCUAUCUGAAAGGACUGAAUCACGAGUACAACUACGGCGUCUCCACGAAUCUGCCAUCGGUGGUCCUGGUCGGAGGCCUUUCCUCGGAGGAGAAGCUGCACGGCGUGAAAUACAUUACUGAGUCCUUUGUGGGCUGCAUCCGCAAUGUGGUCCUGAGCUCCGGCAAGGCCGCCUCCGACCUCCUGCCCAUCGCCCCCCUGGUGGCCACCAAGCACGAGAACGUCAACGAGGGAUGCUCGGACAUGUGCGAAUCCCGGCACAACCUCUGCUUCGUGGGAUCUCGCUGCAUCAACCACUACGGAGGCAUCUCCUGCGACUGCUUUGGCACCCACUACGAGGGCGAGCACUGCGACAUAUACACGGCCACCAUAAUCACAUUACGCGGUGCCAGCUAUGUGUCCUACAGGAUAUACGACUGGAAGGAUCGAGUGCACUCCUCCACCAGGCGUAUAAGUCUGAUGUUCCGUACGAACUUCGACGAUUCAGCGCUAUUCUACGCCAGUGGCGAGUCACUCAAGCAUCAGUAUAUAGCGGCAUCCAUUAAGAACCAGUCGGUGCACGUGGAAAUGGACUUUGGUGACAAUGUGAUGAGCACCGUGCUCACCGACGACCUGACCCGCGGCUAUUGGCACAAUCUGACGAUACUGCAUGAACAGCGAACGGUCAGCAUUAUCCUGGAUCAACAGCAAAAGGUCCUGGAGCUGCCGGCCACGGCCAGUGGGAAUAUGCUCUUCGAUCCGGAGAUAUAUUUCGGCGGUGGACCAGAGCUGCACAAGAAGAAGGGCCUGGCGUCCCAUAACAAUUUCGUGGGCAGCCUGAAGUAUGUCUACUACAAUGACAUCUCCAUUCUGUACGAACUGCAGCGGGGCAAUCCCAAGGUGCACUAUCACGGCGUGCUGGAGGCGGAGUUUGUCGAGAACGAAGUGAAUGUCAUACCCAUCACCUAUCCCUUUGCGACAUCACACAUUUGGUGGCCCAUAAAUCACGCCGAGGAAUUUAAUAUUAAAUUCGAUUUCCGCAGCAGUCGGCCGGGCGCGGUGCUGGCCUACAGUGACGUAACGACCAGUGCCGGAAAUGGCUUUUGGGAGAUACGUCUGACGUCGGACAAACUAAGUUUCGAUCUGGUGCCCGAUGUCAACAACAACAUAACCCACUCGACCACCAUUAAAAUCAAUAGGGCCACCUCCUGGCACAGCGUGGAGCUGGACUAUAAGCUGGGCGAGAUUCGCUUCACGGUGGACUAUCGCCACACUCUCAGCCAGAUGUACGGCUUAACCUUCAACAUCGGCGACAAGCUGAUCAUUGGCAGUAGUUUAAAGUCGGCAGCCAUGGGCUUGGUGGGCUGUAUACGGGAUAUAGAAAUCAAUGGGCAUUUGAUCGAACCCCGACAUGUGGUCAAAACGGAACGAGUUGUGGGAGAGGUUGCCCUGGACAACUGCAACUACAUAGAUCCCUGCAAAAGACCCAAUACCUGUGAGCACGGCGGCAAGUGCUUUGUAAAAGACGAUCGAGUCACCUGCGAUUGCAAACACACUGGUUAUAUCGGCAAGAAUUGUCACUUUACCAAAUACAGAAAGACCUGCGAGGAGCUGGCACUCCUGGGUUUCACCAAAUCGGAUGUCUAUCUCAUCGAUAUCGAUGGCAAUGGUGUUUUCCCACCCGCCCAUGUCAAGUGCGACUUCCAGAGCCUGGAGAAUGCCACCAAAACGAUUGUGGAGCACAAUCUGCCCAGUCAAGUGGAUGUGCGAUCCGCCAGGGAAUCGGACUUCAGCUUCAACAUCAGAUAUAGGGAAUUUUCACCCCACAUGCUGCAGGAACUCAUCUCGCAUUCACUGUACUGCACUCAGUACAUCAAGUACGACUGCUACCGGGCUCAGUUGGAGCUGCACUCGGCCACCUGGUUCACAUCCUCGGCCAAGAAUCUCACCGUCGACUUCCUGGGCAAUGUCAAGAGAGGCGCCUGCCCGUGCUCCGUGAACAAGACGUGCGUGGACCCGAAUCAAUCAUGCAACUGCGAUGUGAAGGAGAACAAAUGGAAUUCGGAUGAGGGCUACUACCAGGAUCCGCAGAGCCUGGGCAUCACAAAUAUGUACUUCCUGCAGCAGAAGGAUAUGGACGACGAGGCCCAGGGUCGCAUUACUCUGGGUCCCCUGGAGUGCGUGGAAACAAAUACACAGAAGUACGUGGUCACCUUCACCACAUCGCAGUCGUACAUCGAGGUGCCCGGCUGGCGGAAGGGCGACAUCGCCUUCUCGUUCCGCACCACCGGCGAGAAGGCCAUCCUGCUGUUCCAGCCACCCAUCCGGCCGCACUAUCCCUCGUUCAUGGUGGCACUGACCGGCGAUGACCAGCUCACGUUCACCUUCACCCUGAGCACGGGCACCACCCGCGAGCUGGUCAUUAACUCGCACCGCCGGCUGAACGGCGGCGAGUGGCAUAAAAUAUGGAUCGACUACAACCAGUAUCAUGUGCGCUUCAUGAUAAACACCGAUUACCAGAUGCUCGAUUUGCUGCCCGAGGAGGAGUUCGGCCCGUUCGAGGGCAGCAUGUACAUCGGGGGCGCCACAUUCGACCUGCUGAAGAAGCUGUCAGUUAAGGCCGGCCUUAUUGGCUGCUUCCGUGGGUUGGUGGUCAACGGCGAGAUUCUCGACAUCUACAGCUACAUGUCGGUGCAUCUGUCGGAGAUUAUCAAGGACUGCAAGCCAUCCUGCGUCCCAUCGCCCUGUCGCAAUGGCGCCCAGUGCAAGGAGCUGUGGAGCAGCUUUAAGUGCGUUUGCAACAAUCCGUGGGCACACAUCGGCGAAUUCUGCGAGACAAACAUCAACGAAAAGGCUCUCACAUUUAUCAACCGGGAAUCCUUUCUGAUGCGAAAUUAUCUGAGUGUGGGUGCCACACCCGUUAUCCUAAUGCACGGCAUAAAUGGCGAACGGGAUGUCCUGAAGGGAAUCCUUAACCAAGAUCUACUGAUCAAUCUACGAACCUACGACACGAAUGCCCUGGUGCUCUAUGCCAACGAUCAUUACAACAACUUUGUGCACCUGUACAUUAGUCUCAACAGGGAGAUUGUUUUCCUUUACAACUACGGCGAUGAAAUUGUGAAUCUCACGCUGCUGGACGACACCCUAAUGGCGUCCUUAAAAAGCAUUCAAGUGGCCAUCGUGCGCGGCGAACAGGAAACCAGGAUGCAUGUGAACGAGCGCAGUGUGAGCAUCGAUAGGGGAACGCUGCUCCUGGAUGAGUACGCCAACAAGCCGUGGAGUAAUCCCGAAAAAGAGGUCCUGUCGCCCCACCGCCCCCCAGCCCCGCCCACCGAUUACUUCCAGUUCCACGUGGGCGGCUAUGAUCCGGCGAAUUUGUUGCGGCCCAAUGUGGAUGCACCGGCCCUCGAAGGCUACAUCGGCUGUGUGCGGGGCCUGAAAAUCGGAACGCAGUUGAUCGACUUGGCGGAUAUCAAUGAAAGGAAUAUAGCGCCCACCCAGGAAGGUGUCCUGCCCAACUGCCAGAUCAAGUGUGACGCAGAGCCCUGCAAGAAUGGCGGCACCUGCCAGGAGCACUUUGCCGAGCAACUCUCCACCUGCGACUGUGAGCACACCAGUUUUCUGGGCGAGUUCUGUUCGGAGGAGAAGGGAGCCGAUUUCAGUGGCGAAUCAACGUUGCAGCGCAAAUUUGAACUGCUGCCAGGCACAGGUCGCGUUGACUAUGUGCGCCUGCAACUGGCCUUCUCGUCCUUCGACCUGAGGCGCGCGAAUCGCAUAAUGCUGCUGAUGCAAACGGAGGCGGAGCGCAGCUACUACCUUCUGCUGGCCAUCACCUCCGACGGCUACCUGCAGCUGGAGGAGGACCGCGACAAUGGACAAACGGUGGGCGCGCGGAUCGAUCGGAAUUUCCUGAACAGCGCCAGGCACUCGGUGUAUUACGUGCGGAAUGGCACCCAAUCGCAGCUCUUCAUUGAUCGCGAGCAGGUGCCGCUGACCGAGUUCGCCGCACGUGUCCUUACCACCAGCGGCGAUGCUGGCUCGAAUCGCGUCCAGAUCGGUGGCAUCAACAGCACGGACUCGCGGUUCGCCGUCUUUAAGAGCUACAGCGGUUGCCUGUCGAACAUCUAUAUACAGGUGAACGGGCAUAUUAUGAAGCCACUCGAGGAGUACAUGCUAUUCACAAAGUCCGGUGCCGACAACAUAACCGUCAUCAAUCCGCAGGGCGUGCGGAGCGCCCAGUGCAACGCCAAGUUCGAUGUGAGCGAGCAGCCCACCCAGGAGCCCAUGGUUAAUGUCAGCAUGAUUCCCGAGCCGUGGGUGGAGGAGCCGCCAGCCCGCGUCCCCUACAUACCGAGAUUCGUGUAUGACGAGAACAAGCAGGAGGACUCCACGCAGGUCGUCUUCCUCACGCUGACCAGUGUGUUUGUCAUUAUCGUGAUCUGUUGCCUGCUGGAGGUGUAUCGCAGCCACUUGGCCUACAAGAAGCGCAUCGAGCGCGAGACGGACGAGGACAUCAUCUGGUCCAAGGAGCAGGCAACCAAGAUGCACGAGUCGCCAGGUGUUAAGGCCGGCCUCCUGGGUGGCGUUACUGCCGGAUCGGGCAAUGGCCUGCCCCCGUAUACCUACAAGGCGUUGCCGCAGGAGGACAAGAAGCCGGGCAACGGCGCCCCCUUGGUGGGCAUUUUGAAGAACGGCAGUGCCACGCCCUCGCAGCCUGGCACGCCCACCGCGCUGUCCAAAAACGGAGACAUCGCCUCGCGCAUCGAAGAGGAGGAAGAGGAGGAGGAGGAGGCACCCGUGCAGAACGCCGCGGAAAAAAGCGGCGAGAAUGAGGAGCCUCCGAAGGACACAGACGCCAGCGAAAUGCGGGAGUCGCAGGCUCAGCCACCUGAACAGCCGCCGAAGGACACCACCGAUGCCGCCGCCCCAGCAAGUGCUUCCAAGGAGCCGGAGCCGCAGGCGGAGCCUUCGGAGGCAUCAUCUCAUUUAAGCUCGGCACCGAACGGACAGUUCACCCCAUUGGAGCAGGUGGCUGGCGGGGAUGACGGGCAGGUGCAGGUGCAGGUGGAGGUGCCAAGUCUACCGCAGCAACAUGAAAUGCAAAAGCAGCUGCCGCCGCAACGACAACUGUCUCAAAAAGGAGUUGGACCUCAGCAGCAGUCGAGUUCCAAGCGGCGAAAGCCAGGAGGAAGUGGUGGAGCCGGAGGAGCUGGUGGAGGAACCUCUGUAGUUGGACCGGCAACAGUGCGGCGACAAGUUUCUUGGGGGCCGCCAAUCGUGGCCGAAACGGAUGUGGAUUUGGCCCACAGCAGCGGCAACAGCAACGGCAACAGCAACAGCAACGGCAAUGGAAAUCGCAAAGCGGGCGGCAAACAAAAUGGAUACCAUGGCGUCAAUAGACGGGCCACCACCACCAGGAAUUGAAGCUUGGAAACUGUCCAGCAACUGCAAAAAUGUAUCCUGAAAAUAUGUAUAAAAGCAUAAAUAUUUAGGCGAAUUGAUGGCAAGAAAACAAAACAGGGCCAAAACCAACAAGGCACAAAGGCAGCAGGAGAAACAAAAGCAAUUUGUAUAAAUAAAAGCGAGUCAAAAGUGCGACAGAGACAAAGGCAAAACAAAUAACAUAAAUUGAAAAGAGGCAAGUCCUUGGAUUGCCGUGUAUAAAGAAAACUGUCUGCCCAUCGACUUGAAUAUUCCUCAAAAAAUACAGAAUGGCAAGAACUUUUUUGCAUCAAAUGUUGUCGCAUCUCAAUUCAAAGCUGGCAAAGAAUUUAAGACUUUCACUUAAAUACAUUUGUGCAACGACAAAAGGAUUUCAUUCCAUAUAAAACCAAACUAUUCCCAGCACUAGUGAGAUAUGUAUAUGUAUGCUUCAUUCCAUCUGAAAGUUCCCAGUUCCAAGAACAUAAAAUAAAAGUUAGGCACGCUUUGGAAUUUUUUAUAAUUGUAAAGAUGUUUAUUUGCUUAGGAGUAACGACGUAUUUUUGUGUAGUUAAAAUAAAGCGCACACUUAGCAAUAACCUCUUCAAACUCAUAAACUUACAUGUAAAUUGAUACCUUUUAGAGUUAAGCACAAAAUUGCCUUUGUUGCAACGGCAAAGUUGCCUCCAUUAUGUUUUAAGAAGUGCACAACUUUUAGUUUCGGUUUUUGUAAAUUCCAUUCUGUACUGUGUGAUAUACGAAUGUAAUAAAAGUUCUUCUCGGCCAGGCAGGAAAUGAGAACACAACUUUAACUUAUUUUCAUAUUAAAUGAUGAGAAAUUACGCAGAAUAACUCGCCCAUACAUCAAUUCAUUUAAAUGCGUUUAUUAAAAAACUUUCGCACAGC